GGAACAGAUUACCUGAAUUAAAACUGAGUUCCUAGGGAGCAAAAUUUAGGAACUCUGUGGCCUCUUCAUCCCUUUCCAAAGCGCCUGACCUCGCGUAGCCACCUUCCCAUCAUGGCCUCUGUUUUUGUAAACUUCUCGCCGCACAACCCGCCCAUUGACCCGGAACUCUUCUCUGCCAGGGUUGUCGGGCCCCUAACCCCUGCUUCUGCGCCUGCGCGCCAGGGCGGCUCAGAUGCCGGCGGUCUCUGCGGGAGAGGGAAGAUGGCGCUUGACGGACCGGAGCAGAUGGAGCUGGAAGAGGGAAAAGCAGGCAGUGGACUCCGCCAAUAUUAUCUGUCCAAGAUUGAAGAAUUGCAGCUGAUUGUGAAUGACAAGAGCCAGAAUCUCCGGAGGCUGCAGGCACAGAGGAAUGAGCUUAAUGCGAAAGUUCGCCUACUGCGGGAAGAGCUACAGCUGCUGCAGGAACAGGGCUCCUAUGUAGGGGAAGUAGUCCGGGCCAUGGAUAAGAAGAAAGUGUUGGUUAAGGUGCAUCCCGAAGGCAAGUUUGUCGUAGAUGUGGACAAGAAUAUCGACAUCAACGAUGUGACACCCAAUUGCCGAGUGGCUCUAAGAAACGACAGCUACACUCUGCACAAGAUAUUGCCCAACAAGGUAGACCCCCUGGUGUCACUGAUGAUGGUGGAGAAAGUGCCAGAUUCAACCUAUGAGAUGAUCGGUGGACUGGACAAGCAGAUAAAGGAGAUCAAAGAAGUGAUCGAGCUGCCUGUCAAGCAUCCUGAGCUCUUUGAAGCGCUGGGCAUUGCACAGCCCAAGGGGGUGCUGCUAUAUGGGCCCCCAGGCACUGGGAAGACUCUGUUGGCCCGGGCUGUGGCUCAUCAUACAGACUGUACCUUUAUUCGUGUCUCUGGCUCUGAAUUGGUACAGAAAUUCAUCGGGGAAGGGGCAAGAAUGGUGAGGGAGCUGUUUGUCAUGGCACGAGAACAUGCUCCUUCUAUCAUCUUCAUGGAUGAAAUCGACUCCAUUGGCUCCUCACGGCUGGAGGGGGGUUCCGGAGGGGACAGUGAGGUGCAGCGCACAAUGCUGGAGCUGCUCAACCAGCUGGAUGGCUUUGAGGCCACCAAGAAUAUCAAGGUUAUCAUGGCUACUAACAGGAUUGACAUCCUGGACUCGGCGCUGCUCCGCCCUGGGCGCAUCGACAGGAAAAUUGAAUUCCCACCCCCCAAUGAGGAGGCCCGGCUGGACAUUUUGAAGAUUCAUUCUCGGAAAAUGAACCUGACCCGGGUCAACCUGCGGAAGAUUGCUGAGCUCAUGCCUGGAGCGUCAGGGGCUGAAGUAAAGGGUGUGUGCACCGAAGCCGGCAUGUAUGCCUUGCGGGAGCGGCGAGUCCACGUCACGCAGGAGGACUUUGAGAUGGCAGUGGCCAAGGUCAUGCAGAAGGACAGCGAGAAAAACAUGUCUAUCAAGAAGCUAUGGAAGUGAAGCGGUGGUCUUUUGUGUGGCUCCUUCAAAUAAAGCUCUGCGGGACAAGCUCUUAA